CACCGCCAUGCAGGUCAAUGCAGACGAAAACAGUAAACAAGAAAUCAUCAAACUAAUUGUGAUUGAGGCUUCAAACAUCCUGAGAAAAUGUCGACGAGAAUAUAUCCAGCUUUCAAAAGCGGUAGUCCUAAAUUACGGGUGUUCCUACCUGACUUUUGGAUGAAGCUUGUCAAACCGAGCCACAAUUUGCUACCUAAUCAAGUUCAGUUUGUUGUCUCAUCACAAAUGACCAAGCUUGAUGUUAAACAAUAUCUUGAAAAAAUUUACAACCUCCCUGUUGUUCAUGUCAGCACCUACAACCAAAUGGGGAAAACAAAAACUUUACCCAAUACUUAUGUCACUAAGGAAAAUGAUGAAAAAAUAGCCUUUGUAACUCUGCACAAAGACCACACAUUUGUCUUCCCAGAAAUUCAUGGCAGUACUGACAUUUAUGAUGAGCAAACUAAUACUAUGAAACAGACAAAAGAAUUGUAUGCCCAGAAAACAAACAUUAAUAUUUCUAAACAAGGAGUGCCUACAUGGUUUAGUCAUUGAAUUUGUAAAAAAUUUGUUAGAAUACAGUAAUAACAUAUG